AUGGUCGGUUCCUGCAAUGGGGUUCUGUGUUUGACAACUUCUCCUCAAUCCAUUCACUAUAUAGGUAUUCUAAACCCUUCAAUUAAAAAGUUAAAGCUUGUUCUUUUUCCCAAUUUGGAGUAUUCCUUGUAUCCCUCUAACGGUCUUUAUAGGUCCGUAGAUGGAACAUACAUUUCAACUAAAAUUGGGUUUGGUUUUGAUUCCCGCACAAGUGAUUUUAAGAUUGUGAUCAUUUUUCAAGAAAUAUUUACAGGAAGAUGGAGACAAGUUCAAGUUUACUCGCUAAGAAAAAAUUCAUGGAAUGUUCUCAGUAAUGUUCCCAACUCUUUAUACAAUAUAUAUGAGCCUCAAGUAGUUGUUAAUGGAGCUUUUUAUUGGUUAGUAAACUCUGUCGUCAGUGAUUGUUUGUCGAUCUUGAUGUUUGAUUUCACUGAUGAAACAUUUGAAGAGAUUAAGAUGCCAGAUUGUUUCAAUGAAGAUCUAGGCGAAUUUGUUAGGUUGGGGGAAGUCAAGGGAAAACUAUCCUUGCUGCUUCAUUUAGAUGAAGAUUCUUCUGCGGGUGAUUCAUUGGAGAUGUGGAUGAUGGAGGAUUCUGGUUGGGUUAGACAAUUUGUUGUCAACGUGAGUCAGCUUUAUGUACCUGGAUGCUUGGCGAUGAAUGAUGAAGUUAUGCUACUGUCAACAUAUUCUAAUGUUGGCCAUAUUCUUUCUUGUGACCUUAAGACGUUGGAGUUGACUGACCAUGAAGUUGAGGAGCAGAGACCCCGUGCUUUUACCUAUACACCGAGCCUGGCCUUACUUGGGGAAGAAAACUAGUGCUUUGAGGACCUCUUAAUGAUUGCCUGCAGACUCGCUUGUCCGAUUCACGUGCCUGUAGAAGUUGUGGUCUUAGGUUAUCGUUAGUUCUCAAUUCUUCCUCGACCACCUCCACCAUGUCAAUCAAACAAAUAAGAAGUUUCUCCUUCAGAUCAAAUGCAAAAGAUCUCUGCGGCUUGGAUUAAUCUCAGAUGUAGAGAUAUUGAACCCUCGUCCCUGUAUGGUUGGUGGUUGUUUAAAAUUGUUGAUAGCUGUAUGUCCUGCUACUAGUUUUGUAUGAUUGUCACAGUUUUUUUUUUUUUUUUUGAUGUAAUUGUAUGAUUGUCACAGUUUAUUUGUUCUAA